UGCCGCCGCGCGCCGGCCCGCGGGGUUGGAGUGAGAGCCGGUCGGGCGGAGGAGUCCGAGCGGUGGGGAGGCGACGCUGAACUCUCUUCCCGCCUGCGCGGACAGAUAGCUUCCUAGUGAGGGUCCUGGGGCUGUUUCGACACAGUGUCGUUGUUGCUUGAAUCCAGCACCGGUUCUUUCUGCGUUCGUGUGCGGUGUGUUUCGGGCGCGGAUCGCUUAGAGCCUCCACUUGGGCUUCUUAAGGCCCCUUUCUUAGUGCCCGGCCCCAGGUCAUGGGAAUGGGAUUAAUGAACUGUAGUUGAUUAAAAAAUAGUGCAAGUUCCGCUCUUGCGCCUCUUUCCGACAUAAUAUCCUUGUGACUGCUUCUUUAAAAUUUCAUUAGUCUUUUCUUUUUCAUUCAUUUGUCCUGUAAAUAAUGAUGCUUCCUAGUGGUUAGUCCUGAGGACUCUUCGUUCCGCAUUAUGUGUGCUCUUCCUCUGUCAUCCUUUGUCCUUCCGUAAAUUGAUCUGCCUCCAAUACGAUGGUAACUUACAAACUUGGGUCUUCAGUCUCCACCGCUCUAUUGAGCUCCGGAUCCUACAGUACACUUGCAUAUAACGGUGACGCUUGCAGACAGAAAAAGUAAAGUGUCAAGGAAUUCAUACCAUUUGGUACUUGUUAGUUGGACCAGCUUAAAGAGUCUUUGAUUUAUUGGAUCAACUGGUAACAAAAGAUGAAAAGUAGUGUGGCACAGGUAAAACAUUCUUCUGGUCAUGACAGAAGGGAAAACUAUACUUCAUAUCAGAGGACUUCUUCUCCAGAAGACAGAUAUGCAGAACAAGAAAGAUCCCCUCGGGACAGAGAUUACUUUGAUUACAGCAGGUCAGACUAUGAGCAUUCUAGAAGAGGGCGUUCUUAUGACGGUAGCAUGGAGUCACGAAGUAGGGACCAUGACAAACGCAAGGAAAGAGAAAGAGAUAUGGAUCGGAAAAGGUCCCGGAAAUCCCCAUCUCCUAGGAGAAGAAGCCCAGAACCAUCGGUAACCCAGAGUUCCUCUGCUCAGGAUGAACCUACUGCAAAGAAGAAGAAAGAUGAGCAGGAUCCUCUCCUUACACGAACUGGUGGAGCGUAUAUUCCUCCUGCAAAGCUCAGGAUGAUGCAAGAACAGAUUACAGAUAAAAACAGCUUAGCAUACCAGAGGAUGAGCUGGGAGGCCCUAAAGAAGUCAAUCAAUGGUCUUAUCAACAAAGUCAACAUUUCUAAUAUAGGUAUUAUUAUUCAAGAACUUCUUCAAGAAAAUAUAGUUAGAGGAAGAGGCCUGCUGUCCAGAUCUGUUUUGCAAGCACAGAGUGCUUCUCCAAUCUUCACCCAUGUUUAUGCGGCAUUAGUGGCGAUUAUCAACUCCAAAUUUCCACAAAUUGGAGAAUUAAUCCUCAAGAGGUUAAUUCUUAAUUUUCGAAAAGGCUAUAGAAGAAAUGAUAAGCCACUUUGUCUGACUGCUUCAAAAUUUGUGGCACAUCUUAUUAACCAAAAUGUGGCACAUGAAGUUUUAUGCUUAGAGAUGCUCACUUUGCUCUUGGAAAGACCCACAGAUGAUAGUGUUGAAGUAGCUAUUGGUUUUCUUAAGGAAUGUGGCCUUAAAUUAACACAAGUGUCACCAAGAGGAAUUAAUGCUAUAUUUGAACGCCUUCGAAACAUUCUCCAUGAAUCUGAAAUUGACAAAAGAGUUCAGUAUAUGAUUGAAGUGAUGUUUGCAGUACGGAAGGAUGGAUUCAAGGACCACCCUGUUAUCCUAGAAGGACUUGACUUAGUGGAAGAAGAUGAUCAGUUCACCCAUAUGCUGCCUCUAGAGGAUGACUAUAAUCCAGAAGAUGUUCUUAAUGUUUUCAAGAUGGAUCCUAAUUUUAUGGAGAAUGAAGAGAAGUACAAAGCUAUUAAGAAGGAAAUUCUUGAUGAAGGGGAUAGUGACUCAAACACAGACCAAGAUGCUGGAAGUAGUGAGGAGGAGGAGGAAGAAGAGGAGGAAGAAGGGGAAGAAGAUGAAGAAGGACAAAAAGUGACUAUUCAUGACAAAACAGAAAUUAAUCUAGUCUCAUUUCGUCGUACAAUCUAUCUUGCUAUUCAGUCAAGUUUAGAUUUUGAAGAAUGUGCUCACAAAUUGUUAAAAAUGGAGUUUCCCGAAAGCCAAACAAAAGAACUCUGCAACAUGAUACUUGACUGCUGUGCCCAACAAAGGACAUAUGAGAAAUUUUUUGGCUUAUUAGCUGGGCGAUUUUGCAUGCUGAAAAAAGAAUACAUGGAAUCCUUUGAAAGUAUAUUCAAAGAACAAUAUGAUACCAUCCAUCGCUUGGAAACGAACAAAUUGAGAAAUGUUGCUAAGAUGUUUGCUCACCUGUUAUACACUGAUUCACUUCCAUGGAGUGUUCUUGAAUGUAUAAAGCUGAGUGAAGAAACCACUACAUCAUCCAGUAGAAUUUUUGUUAAAAUAUUUUUCCAAGAACUGUGUGAAUACAUGGGUCUUCCUAAACUUAAUGCAAGAUUAAAGGAUGAAACCCUACAGCCAUUCUUUGAAGGGUUAUUACCCCGAGAUAAUCCAAGAAACACUCGGUUUGCCAUCAACUUCUUUACUUCUAUAGGUCUUGGAGGUUUAACGGAUGAAUUGCGUGAGCAUCUCAAAAAUACACCAAAGGUCAUCGUGGCACAGAAACCAGAUGUUGAGCCAAAUAAAUCUUCCCCCUCCUCCUCCUCCUCUGAGUCCUCCUCUUCUGAGUCUGACUCUUCAGCCUCGGAUUCUGACAGCAGUGACAGCAGUUCAGAGUCUUCCAGUGAAGAGAGUGAUUCUUCAUCCACCAGCAGUCAGAGCUCUGCCCCAGCUAAAGAUGUAAGAAAGAAGGGACAAGGGAACAUCAGACGUAAAGAAGUUGAUAAAUUGAUCAGGAAACAAACAAAUGAUAGGAAACAAGAAGAAAGAAAACCAGAGCAAAGACUCCAGGAAACAAGCACUGAACGAGAAAGGAGGUCAGAAAGACACAGAGAUAAAAAUUCAAGAGAUCCAAGUUGGAGAGAUCCUGUAACAAAAUACACUGCAGACAGGGGGGUUCCUUCUGAACGAAAUAGUUACAGUAGAGUCGGGAAUGACAGAGACCAAGAAAUGCACGUAGAUUUGGAAAAUAAGCAUGGUGAUCCCAGAAAGAGGAGAGGAGAGAGAAGAAAUUCUUUUUCUGAAAAUGAACACAGACACCGAAAUAAAGACAGUGAAAAUUUUAGAAGAAAAGAUAGAUCAAAGUCGAGAGAAAAGAAUAAAAAACAUUCCGGCUCUAGAAGUGACGAAGAUAGGUAUCAGAAUGGUGCCGAGAGACGAUGGGAAAAAUCUAGCAGAUACUCUGAACAAUCCAGAGAAUCAAAGAAAAAUCAGGACCGGCGAAGAGAAAAGUCUCCAACAAAGCAAAAAAAAUAAUUCUGCAAAAUUGCAGAAACUGAACAUGCUUUAUAUUCAGUUGAAACAAAUUAUUUUUUACAUUGACGAACUUUAUAGAGAAUUCUUGUAUAAAGUACUGGUUUGUAUUUGUACAUUUAAAAAAUGUUUUCAUUUUAACGUGUUUUUUAACUGAUACAUCUCAAGACCCUCCACGUAAAAUUAUUUGAAAAGUUUCACCAGAGAGGGAUGUAAUUCUUGCUUAUAUUUUGUUAAUAAAAUGAUCAAAUGCUCAUUGAA